GUAAACAGUAUCAAGUUUCAAAAUAACUAACUUUAUCUAUGUGGCAUAUAUGUUAAUAUAUAGGACACAUAAGUUUCAAUGCAGAACAUAGCUUUCUGUGUAUAUUUAUUUGCGAGAACUAAAACAUAAAUAAUACAAGGCUUUGGUAUUACAUUUCCAGCUCAGGACAAAAAUCAGAAAGCAUAAUGGAGCAAAUGAUGAAACCUGUUCUCAUACUACUUUUUGUCUGCCUAUCCAGAACCAAUGGUGAAGAUUCAGAAACUGUACUUAAGGUGGUGCCACCUAACACUGCUGUACAGCCAGGGGAGAAAAUCACAUUGAAAUGCCAACAUUAUCCAAAGGACCUUAAUGAAGACUUAAAGUUAGAAUGGUUCAUGCCGGAUGGAACCAUUCCAAUCUCUCAACUUACUGCAAACCAGUCUGUGAUAAACUCUACCAACUCAAAUAUUCUCCGAUACAAAUCUGACAAUGGGACUCUGACUAUUGACAAUGUCACACUAGAUGAUUCAGGGACAUACAAAUGUAAGAAAGAUGACUAUGAAACUGAGGUCAUUGUGAAGGUAUAUAACAUGCCAUCUUACACAACAGAAAUAAUUGUGGUAUUAGUUAUAAAUGCAGUACUUGUAGCCAUUUUUAUCUUAUGUGCAAUCUGGAACUUCGUACGAGAUCAAAAGGAGAGAAAACAAGCAACAAGAAAACGGAAACUUGGUCACAAAGAAAUGAUUACAACAUCUGUAAAAGGCUGAAUCAUUUAUGAAGCGUACUAUCUAUGCAGAGACAAAGAAAUUCAUUUCAGUGUUCGAUAUAUCAUCAAUCUGUGUUCCACAUAAUCUAUGCAGUAUGCAGGGGCUAACAAAGAGUGCUUUUUUCAGUGUUCUAUGUCAUCUAUAAUAUCAUCCAUGCAGUAUUUGGGGACAAGUAAUAGUGUUUAUUUCAGUGUUCUAUAAAAUCUACAAUAUCAUCUAUGCAGCAAGCCAGAACACAAAACAGUGUUUAUUUCAGUGUUCUAUAUAAUCUACAAUAUCAUCUAUGCAGCAAGCCAGAACACAAAACUGUGCUUAUUUUAGUGUUCUAUAAAAUCUACAAUAUCAUCUAUGCAGCAAGCAAGAACACAAAACAGUGCUUAUUUUAGUGUUCUAUAUAAUCUACAAUAUCAUCUAUGCAGCAAGCCGGGACACGAAACAGUGGUUAUUUCAGUGUUCUAUAUAACCCACAAUAUCAUUUAUGCAGCAAGCUGGGACACGAAACAGUGGUUAUUUCAGUGUUCUAUAAUAUCUUUACAGUAAGCGAGGCCAAAUAAAUGUGUUAAAUUCA